AUCGACAAAAAUCAUCAUCAUCAUCAUCAUCAUCGUCAUCGUCAUCAACAAAAUCUGUGCAUUGGAUUUAUCAAAAUUCUGGUUAUUCACAAUAUUCUGGCUGAUUAUCGUUAUGAUUAUUGUGAUUAUAAGCACAUCGUUUUAUGUUUAUUAUGGUAUUCAAGAAAAAAUGAUGAUUCCACCACCAUUGCCACCACAGCGAUUGAAUGGCUAUUUUUUGGUGAUGAUAAAAAUUGUACAACAACAACAACAACAAAUCUCAAUCAUCAACAACAACAACAACAACAACAUAGUGGUACGAAAUCAAAACAAAAAGAUGGACGUUGGGCAUUAAUGUUUGAUGAAUUUGUUGAAUCAAUCAAAUGUUUGGGCAAUUUGAUUGAAGAUUCAAGGCAAAAUCAAGCUGAAUCAUGUUGUCGUUAUGAUGCAUUCAAACAGGUGCUUGUUGAACGUGCAAUCAUACGCUGUCCAAGGCUAGAAUCGGAACCAGAAAAAAUUUUACAUCUAUUCACACCAUUAAAUCGUUAUAUGAAUCAUAAAUGUAAAGAUGUUGAUACCGAUACAUUUGCAUGUCAAAUGAUGUCAUUGGUCAUGACGAAUUGAUGAUUUUUGAUUAUCGAAAUUUUUUUUUUCAUUCCAUCCAUUUAUUUAUUUGUUUUGAAUGAUGGUCCUUUCACAAACAAUGUGUGUAAUAUUUGACUUUUUUUUUGAUCAAAAAUUUGUGCGAAAAAAAGUAAUAAAAAAAAAUUGAAAACAAA